CAACUGUUCCAAGAUGGCGGCGACCGCUGCGGGACGUGUUCUGACACUUUGCAGACAAUUUCAGAUUGGAUUAAGGACUUCAGCGUUACCAAUUCAGCAGUCAGGGCUGCCUCUUACCAUGCCGACGAUUUGCCCUCUCAGGCAAACUCCCAGCUUGUUUGUCCAGAGGCAUGUGAGCUUUGCUGCCCAGUGUCGGUCGCUGCACACGUCCCAUUGCAAAAUGGGUCUGGAGGAGUUCUUCGAUAUUCCUGAAAAUUGGGGGGAAGAAACAGUCAAAUCAGGUGCACCUUGGACUGCAAAGCUGUUGAGAACUAAAAGUAACGAAGAUUUGCACAAACUAUGGUAUGUGCUCCUAAAAGAAAAGAACAUGCUGCUGUCAAUAGAACAGGAGUCAAAAAGACAGAGACGUUCAAUGCCCAGUCCAGAGCGUUUAAAAAAGGUUGAGCGAUCUAUGGUGAGACUGGACUCAGUGGUGGAGGAAAGACAGGAUGCAAUCCGCUUACUGCAGACUGGUCAGGAGCACGCACGCCCUGGGGCUUGGAGAAAAGAUCUCUUUGGAAGGACAUACUGGUAUAAAUUUACGGAGCACCCCAUUCCCUGGUACAUGAGCCGAAGAUACAAAAGAAAACGAUUCUACACACCACUGUUUGUUAAACCCUACCAAAGGCUCCGGUUGGAGAAGUACUUGUGUAGUAAAACAAGGAAGGAGAAGGCCGAGAGACAGAGGCAGCGUAAACUAAAGGAAAAGAUCGCACAGCAGUCUGCAAAGGCAUGAAAACAAACUUGUGCCAGUGGAUUCUGAUAACAGGCUUUCUGGGACAAGAACUAGUUUGUUUUUUGCUACAGUCCAAUUUACGCAGAUUAAAGAUUGUGUUCCCGAAACUGAAACUCCCAUCAUCAUAUGUUGUGUAAACUUUGUGUAUAUGCUUUUUUUGUCAUAUUUAGACAUGAGUGCUACUGUGUCAAGAGGCUGAAUGAAGUAUCAAAGACACAUCAGAGUAGUUUUUCGUAAUAUUCAGAGACAACAGCCAAACCAUUUUAUUUGUCCUUAAAAUCGAAUGCCCCUGACUGCAUGGAGGAGAUGGCGGAGCGGUGAUAUUCACUCUUGACCUUGAUAAGGCAAGAUUGAAUGUUUGCGUUGUUACUCAGCACUUAAUUGAUCAAUUAAAGCAGUUGAUUACA